AUGUCUAACCAAAUCCGCACAGUCAACCCUGCGACCCAUGAGGUCAUCUUCGAGCAGGCUGGCACUUCCCUCGAAGAAGCCAUCCAAGUGGCUGCCGCCUCGAAGAAGGCCUUCCACUCUUACCGAAAUACUUCUCUAGACGAGAGAAAGGAAAUUGUGAAGCGAGUCCUUGACAUUGUUGAGUUAAACCGCGAUGAGCUUGCCAAUGAGCUUACACUUCAAAUGGGCCGUCCGAUUCGCUACUGCGCCGGCGAGAUCAACACCAUGCGUUUGCGCGCCGAAUAUCUCAUGGAUAUUUCCGACGAGAGCCUCUCGGAUUUGCCUGGUCGCGCUGAGUCUGGAUUCCGUCGCUCUGUCAAGCGAGUUCCCCUUGGCCCGGUGUUCAUUGCUGGCGCCUGGAACUACCCCUACUUGACUACCGUCAACGCAUUGGUGCCGGCCCUUCUGGCUGGAAACAGCGUUAUUCUGCGUCCCUCGCCGCAAACCCCACUAUUUGGAAACAGGAUGCUCGACUUCUUUACCGAGGCGGGACUCCCACCGAACGUUCUUCAAAUUGUUCAGAUUGGAAACCUUGAUGUCUUGGACCAGGUUGCCCAGAUCCCUGAUAUUCAAUCUGUGUCUUUCACUGGAUCGACUGCGGGUGGCAUCAGGCUGAGAGAGGCGACCGCUCGCCACAUCAAGCCGGUCAAUCUCGAGCUUGGUGGAAAUGAUCCUGCCUAUGUUCGCCCAGAUGUUGAUGUCAAGCACGUUGCCGAGCAGCUUGUCGAUGGGGCCGUUUUCAACUCUGGUCAGAGCUGUUGUUCCAUCGAGCGCGUCUACGUGCACGAGAAAGUAUACGAUGACUUCUUGCGCGCAGUGCAGGAGGAGUUGAGCUCCUACAAGCUUGGAGACCCGAAGGAUCAAAGUACAACUACCGGACCUGUCAUCUCAGCACCGGCCGUUGAGAAGAUCAACUCUCAUGUACAGGACGCUUUGAGCAAGGGCGCCGUCAUUUCCACACCCGAUAACUCCAGCUUCCAGGUUGGAAGUAACCCCCAGACCCAGAAGGGAAACUUCGUUGCUCCCAUCGUUCUGACCAAUGUCAACCACACCAUGGUUACCAUGAAGGAAGAAACAUUUGGCCCUGUCAUGCCUAUCAUGAAAGUAUCUAGCGACGAUGAAGCUGUGGAACUGAUGAAUGACAGUGACUUUGGCUUGACUGCCAGUGUUUGGACAAAGGAUAUCUCGCGCGGAGAGGAAUUGAUUGAGCGCAUUGAAGCCGGCACAGUGUUCAUCAACCGCUGUGACUAUCCAAGCCCAGAUCUCGCAUGGAUUGGUUGGAAGUCUUCCGGGCUGGGAUGCACCCUUGGCCCACGAGGCUACGAUGGAUUUACCAAGCUGAAGAGCUACCACAUCAAGGAAAUCUCAUCAUGA